UUCAUUUCGCGCGCCCUCCAACGGUUGUGUUGGUUUGUUGACAAGCUCUAAUACCUUGAUGAGCAAACUAGUUUGCUUACAUGAACUAACUGAUCAAUGUUUGUAAAGUAACGUGAUACUAUAGAAAGGUAGUAAGCUACUUUAGUUAGUUCACCACUUCAAUGUGCAGGAGAGAGAAGAUAGCUAAGUGCUGCAAUUAGCUAGCUACCUGAACUUGAUGUGCUAGCUAGCUACUAGUAACGUUAGCAGAGUAGCUAGAUAGCUCGGUAGCUUUGAUAUUUGACCCAUUCUGCGUGUUUAUCUAUCGUAACACACACCACAUGCUCUUUGUCACAGCUAUGGAGAAAACCCAAGCGAGGGAUCUCAGCCUAAAACCGAUCGUGAUUGCAGGCCCUGUGAUCAGGGACAAGAAGUUUCUGCAAUGGUUGGGCAAGGUCCUAGAGCUCAGCUGGCUGCGGAACAAGGACAUAGAGGAGCGCAAGGGACUGUUGGGAGAGUUGCUUCCCUCCUUCGCUAACGGAGCUGUCGAGAGCAACGACUUCCUCUCCCUCCAGGAGAUCCUAGAAAAUAUGGAUGUGAACUGUGGGGACUAUGACGGCACCAAACCACUGCUGAAGGCCUGUGAGAUCGGUAACCUGGACAUGGUCAAGUACCUGCUGGCCAAAGGAGCCUCCCAGCAUUUGAAAGACCGCUUCGGAAACACACCCCUACGCCUGGCCAUUAUCAACAGGCAUUAUGACGUCAUCAAGUUCCUGAGGAUGACAGAGGCGUCACUGGCUAUGCCCGCAGUGAGGAUCAGCGUGGAGCUGCUGCAGGCGGUGGCCAAGAAAGACUACCAGCUGCUUCAUGCCUGGGCGCUGUCUGGAGUCGACAUGGACUCUAAGGACUACAAUGGACGCACGGCCAUGCACCUGGCUGUCAAGAUGAGGGACACAGUCAUGGUCCGCAGGCUGCUGGAGUAUGGGGCAACCCCGCUGGAGAUAGAUAUCUGGGGCCAGACUCCGGUGGACGAGGCCCGUAAAGGCAACAUGUUGAGGAUCAUGCUGGCGUUCCACCCCCUCUUCACUGAGCAGCUCACCACCAAGCUGGCCUACCUGACCUGCAAGGCCCAAGCCCAGAUGAACAAGUAAUGGAAGAAGACCCUGAAAUGUGUCCCACUCUAUUACCUAUAUAGUGCACUACUUUUGACCAGGACCAUAGGGAAUAAAAUAAACACCGGGGCCCAUGAUAACACUUUAAGAAAUAAACUUUAAUUUUGCUUA